AUGACAAGCGGGCACCUUCCUGCUUCGGUGGUUCUCAGCCAACGGCCACGGACAAACAUCUACGAGCUGCCCGAUGCGUCUCGAGAUAUCCUAGGUGAGUAUAUUGCCACUCUGGCCACGCCUGUGCCAGAGGCUACGAGGCAAUCAACGCAGUACUACCAGGCAGUCGGGCAGCGCACCAUUAUGAAGAGGUACGACCAAGUUGGAGGCCGAAUGGCACUCUUCUUUGAUGAUGGGGCAGUCGGGGGUCCUUCCGGCUGGUGGCUGUCCCAGGAGUCUGCCUUUGGCGAGAGCUGCCUUCUUUGGUGCGCAGGUUCCAAAGAGCAUCUGCCGCAGAAGGGAUGGCAGUGGCAAGGCUACCUGGGCUACUACGAGAUCGAUCUUGAGGUCACCGAAAAGAAGCCGGAGGAGACACAGGCUUCGAUGCAGGACACUCCAGUUUCCUCUGCGACCGACCUGCUACUGAACGUUGUGGGGAGCAGUAUGGUGUGCUGUUUGAAGGGCACCGAGAUGUUCCUGGAACAUGUGACCACCAAGCUGGCAUCUGCGCGCUCGGCUGGAGGACUGUUUGCCACUGUCCCGGAGGAGAAUCCUGUGGUAGUCGAGGUGGAACCAGCGGAAGCUGCAUCAGCUUCGCCUGCAGAAGAGGGGGAUGCUUCGCUGCAAGAUCUCACCGUGGACGAAGAGCAGCUGAGAGAGGAGGUGCUUGGGGCCAAGCAGAGCUUCUUGGAGAGUUUCAAGGAAAACCUCAGCCGCUUUUCUGCUGAGGAGGAGUCCCGGCACGAAGCAGACAUGGCCAAGCAUCACUUCUUGGAGGCAUUCUCCUCUCGAUGCCAGAGCCAGCAGGAGAAGCACCAGCGCUGGGAAUUGGCAGACAGCGCCUUGGAUGUCGAGGAACUGCGGGUGCUUCUACAGGAGUCUCAUCGCAGCAAGGUGGAGAAGGAGCUGCAGAUGCAGCAGGCCAAGCAUGACGAAGACGUGGAUCGCAUUCUGGUCCAGGUGCAGUCUUUCCAGCAGGAGCUGAAGUCAGCGAUUGAAACCAAGCAGUUGCUGGACAAGGAGAAGGCGUCCAUGCAAGAGGCCCACGAGCUGCAGUUGCAGGAGCUACAGGACAAGCUCAAAGAAAGCAGUGGAUGCGAGGAUCUACUGCAGAAGCUUGCCGAUUUGGAAGCGGAGAAUGCAGAAUGCAAAAGCCGCUUGGUGCAAGCAGGCGAGGCGCUGUCGAGCCACGAGGCUGCCUUGCAGGAGGCCCUUCAGGAGGCAACAGAUCUCAGAGCAGAACUGGUGACUGCCAGCACCGCUGAGGAGGAGGUGGUCAGGCUUCGAGAGGAGCUCGCGAACACGAUCCAGGCUCAGACGUCAUCUCCCACGCAGAUGCAGCAGCUUGCAGAAGAAUAUCAAGUUGCCCUGGCAGAUAUGGCAUCGCUUCGCGCUGGCUACGAGCAGGAGAUCGAUGGCUUGCAACAGGAGCUUCAGGAUCGAGAAGCGAGCUUUGCUGAGGAACGGAAACGCAUGCAUCAGAAGCUGCAAGAGCACGAAGAGACGGUUCGCAAGGCCAAUCACAUGCAAGACGUGCUGUCCAAGCGCGUGGUGCAGUUGGAAGCCAAGCUCCAACAACAGACGUUGGACAAGAAAGAUGCUGCCGAGGAGCUCGACCACCUGCGCAAGUCAAGUCUGGCUGAGGCCGAAACAGCACAGCGGCUGAAG